GAUGUUAGGAGAGGGAGGUGUGGGAAAAAGUGGUGAGUAACUUGCCAUCAUCAUGCAGUUUAUAAGUCACAGGUUUCCAGAGGACCAUGACCCUACCAUUGAGGAUGCCUAUAAAACACAGAUCCGCAUUGACGAUGAGCCAGCAAACCUGGACAUCUUGGACACAGCGGGACAGGCGGAGUUUACAGCAAUGCGUGACCAGUAUAUGCGAGCAGGUGAAGGUUUCAUCAUCUCAUACUCCAUCACUGACCGCCGCAGUUUCCAGGAGGCUCGUCACUUUAAGCAGCUGAUUUACCGUGUACGACGCACCGUGGACACACCUGUCGUGUUGGUGGGCAACAAGUCUGACCUGGUACAUCUCAGACAGGUUUCCGUAGAAGAAGGCAAACAGCUGGCGAGAGAGUUCCAGUGCCCGUUUUUUGAGACUUCGGCAGCGUUUCGUUAUUACAUCGAUGAGGUUUUUGCAGCACUGGUGCGUCAGAUCCGCCAACAUGAGGCCGAAAUGGUGCGGGACAGCGAGAGGAAAACCCGACGCAGCCAUUCCUUCUGGAGUCGCCUUAAAGCCCCCUUCCAUAGGAAACAGCAGUCCGAGCACUGACAGAGCCACAGAGGAGGGCAUUCUGGGAUACUGAUGAUUCUCUCGCCUGCAGCUGUAUAACAGGUGGUUUGAGGACUGUAUUUUAUAGAUUAUUGUUGAUUGUUUGCAAUGACGCACUCCCAAUCAUUUCAGUUUCACUGUGCAGGACACACUCACUGUCAUCAUAUGGGACGUGGGCUGAUUUACUGAUGUUAGAGACUAAGACUGAAGUAUUAAACUUGACAGCAGUUAUUAUUUUUCAUGUUCGGACAGCAUUAUACCUUGUGAAGGUCAAAUGACAAGGGGAAUGUACCUCGUAUUUUAAUUGAUAAGAAUGUCAGAAACAGCACAUGGAUGGAUUUAUAACAGGUGUUUUUGAAAAGAGGUAAGGUCAUGUCAGGAGAAAGAUGAAGGUCAGAUGAGUUUAUGAGAGGAGAGAGCAUGUUUUAAUGGGUAGAAAAAAAGAGAUGAGCGUGUAGGAUUGUAAUAGUUUAUGGCAGGAAUAUUAAUCUGCCAGAAUAACAAGUACUGUAAAAGCAUUUCAUUAACUUCUUAAAUGUGGCUGUACUUUUGUCAGACUCCUUUAAAAAAAAUAGCUGUAGUUUUAUAAUAAAUAGAUUUGAUUUAUAGAAAUUGGGUGAAUCUCGCAAUUAAGUGUCCAGGUCGUUACAAUUAAUAAUUGUUUUAAAUGGUUUUAAUUGUUAACUUAAUUUUUUUUUAACUGAACCUUAUUAUAAAUUCUUACCAUGUCUUAAUACCAAUUAAAAAAAUUAUUAAGAUAUUAAUUAAAAAUAUUUUCAUUAUAAUUCAAAGAACAUUUUCCCUAAAAAUGUUAACAUUAAUAACAUUCUCAUUUGAAAUACUUAAUAAAAUGUCAUUACUGUAGUGCAGUGAUGUUUUACAAUUUAAAGGCACUAUAUGUAGAGUUCAGAAACUCAUAUUAAUCAAAUGUUCUGCUACAGUACAUUUCAUCAGUCUGUUCACAUAUUGGCAAAAAUAAGUGAUCACAUAAAUAAAAUCUGACCUCUAUCCACUUUAAACAAAAUGUAUAUUUGUUUUAUUUUACAAUUGCCUUGUGGUAAUGUAAAUUAUAUUCAAUAAAGGCAUUUAACGGGCAUGAAAAUAACGACCCAAAUAGUCUUGCUCUUCUUAAAUUGUAAUUGAUUAUAUAAUAAGAACAAUUUAUUUUAUUUUGAUUUGAACAAUUACUUGGACACAAUUAUGGAGGUUCUGUGAGAUUCAGUCAGCUAGGAUGCAUUUUUGUUGGGAGCUGAGCUGUCUGAUGCAAAAACACUGUACAUGAUUGACUUUGUGAAAUCUGGCUGAGCAAUAUUCAGGUCCACCUUUGAGUACACAGAUUGACCGAAACAAAAUUGUUUCCUUUUAUACACAGGGUAAUUUUUAUUCCAGUGUUUUUCUGUAAUCAAUGUGUAGGAAGUGACCUUGAUGUGGCUUAGGGUUUCCUCUUAUACAUGCUGUGCAAUUACUACGCAUCAAAUCUGAACGGACUAUCUGUUUAUUUUGCACUUAAUGCAAAUUCAUGUUAUUAUUUUUUUCCUUGUGAUUAUUAGAUUUCAUUUUUAACCAAAGUGGUUUACUAUAUUUUCUUCUAUUUAUUGUCAUCAGAGAUUGUCAAAUAAAAUUCACUUUACAAAUCUA